AUGCGUUUAACAACCCUCCUCCCACUCCUCUCAAUAUCCCUCCCCAUAACAGGCACCGCUGCAAAACCAACAGCACUACCAUCUCGCCUCUGGGCAACGCACUACAACGGCAAUGUCUAUACACUCGCCCUGGACAAGACCACCAACAAUCUCUCAAUAACAGACACGCAAAAGACAUGCGGAAAGAUGCCAAGCUGGCUGACCUUCGACACUGAGUCUCGAAUCGUCUACUGCUCCGACGAAGACGGUACCGCUGACCCUUCGACGCACGGCUCUCUCACAGCAUACCACCCAGACCGAGAUGGUAAACUACAUCAGAUUUCUUCCGUCGAGACGGUCGGUGGUGGUGUUGAUAGUGUUAUUUAUGAGGCGGGCAAGGAGAAGUUCAUUGCUAUUGCGCAUUACGAAGGCUCAGCCGUGAGCACCUUCAAACUCCCCCUAACCCCAUCAAGCAAGGCAUCGCAAGAAUUCCACUUCAAGCUCACGCACCCCGGCGCCGUCGCCCAACAAGACUCACCACACCCACACAGCGUCUUCCUCGACCCAACAGGCUCAUUCAUCGUAAGCCCAGAUCUAGGCGCCGACCUUCUCCGAAUCUAUAGCAUAUCCUCAACAACCGGCAAACUCGACACCUGCCCACCAGUAAACGUAACAUUCGGCAGCGGUCCUCGCCACGGUCUAUUCUGGACCGAUGGAACGGACAAUAACCGCACCACCAACGACGGCAGCGGCGUCAGCCACCAGCGAGAAAUGGCCGCCGUCGGCAAAACAAUGAUGUACCUCGUUAACGAAAUCGGUGGCACGAUGAUGGUUUUCGACGUCUCGUAUGCGCGGAGUGGAUGUCUGGAUCUCCAGCGCACACAGACAUUAGUGCCCUACCCAGCGGCCGGACAAAAGGACCACAAACUGCCCACCGGCGCGACGCCGGCUGAAAUUCGACUGGUCGGAGAUAAAUUCUACGUGUCUGUUCGGAGUGAUCAAGGUUUUGCGCCGAGUGAUUCGAUGGUCACGCUUGAUCGGUCUGCGAAGAAUGGGGAUGUGAGGGUGUCCGGGAAGAGUGAUGCUUGGGGGAAAGUUCCGCGGACUUUUGCGGUUAAUCGGGCUGGGGAUCUUGUUGCGAUUGGGAAUCAGGCAUCUGCCAAUGUGGCGAUUGUGCGUCGGGAUCGGGUUUCGGGGGAGCUUGGGGAGAAGGUUGCUGUUUUGCAGGUUGGGGAGCCUGGGAAGGUUGGACAGGCAGAGGGGUUGAGUAGUGUUAUUUGGGAGGAGUAG